ACAACAGAGAGCAAGUGCGUGGGGACGGAGGUGAAAGAAGAAAGAGUAUAAGUUGUAUGUGCGAACAGACGUAACUAGUCCACAUUACCCCUUGACCUCCACUAAAACAAGACACAGCAAUGUCGACCAGCUAAAAAAAAACUCUGGAUGACAACAUGUAACCAAAUAAAAAAUGUGCGGAUAAAUACAAGUUGUAGCGUCGAAAUUUCACUCGUAUAGCCUGUGUCAUUUAGAAAUUUUGCUGUGAAUUCAGGAUUUGGAUUUCUCUGUCCCUUGUCAACUGUUUAUUUCUGAGUCACAGCUACAUCUGUUCCAAUAAUGGCUAUGACAUCACAGCACAGACCCGUUCCCAGGACCAAUGCCCACAUAAACCGAUCAAAUGUUCCACAGAGAGCCGGUGUAAAGAUGGCAGGUAGCACAGGCGGAGCCUCUCAGUCCUCUGUGCCCCCUCUCGUCUAUAGACAGGCUGCCCAGGCGAGCUAUCAACGAAUGACUGAUCCAAAGAGCAAGCAUGUCCUCAAAGAGGCAGUCGAUGCAGUGGUGAACAGUUUUGCCAAGCACACACAUGGUUACGGUAGAGUUAAUGUUGUAGAAGCCCUUCAGGAAUUUUGGCAGAUGAAAUUAGAAAGAGGAGCUGAUUUAAAAAACGGAGCGCUUGUCGUCUAUGAGUCUCAGCCAUCUAAUGCCAUGCCCUACGUCUGUUACGUCACACUGCCCGGAGGAAGCUGCUUUGGCAGUUUCCAGAACUGCUCCACAAAAGCUGAGGCCCGUCGAAGUGCUGCAAAAAUCGCCCUCAUGAACUCUGUCUUCAAUGAACAUCCAUCUCGAAAGAUUUCUGACGAUUUCAUUGACAAAGCUGUUGGUGAUGCUUUAGCUGCAUUUAAGGGAAAGAAAGAAGAUGCUGAAGAUGCUAACACAGGAAUCGGGGCCUUCAAGUUCAUGUUGGAAGCAAACAAGAGCCGGACAAUGCUAGAGUUCCAAGAAUUGAUGACCGUCUUCCAACUGCUGCACUGGAAUGGUAGCUUAAAGGCGAUGCGGGAGCGGAACUGCUCUCGGCAAGAAGUUCUUGCCCACUACUCCCACCGUGCGUUAGACGAUGAUAUGCGCUCACAGAUGGCUCUCGACUGGAUCACGAGGGAGCAGGAGACUGCAGGAAUUAUUGAUCACGAGUUAGAAGUCGCUGAGCAAGAACUGGAAAGCGCUCGGCUAGCUGGUAGAGAACUGCGUUUCCCAAAGGAGAAAAGAGACAUUCUGAUGUUAGGACUGAGUCAAAUAAGACCAAAUGAUAGUGUGGCUUAAAGGAAAUCUCACAUUAGAUAGAACAGUGCUGAUAGUACAUCUCCUUGUCUCCUCCUCCCUCUUCGAUCUUAAUCUGUCCAUCAUCGUCUCUUAAAUUUAGCAAGAUUGCCACCAGCUUUGUCACCUUCCUGAUGCUGUGAAUCUACAUGACUUCUGGUGAACUGAACAGGAAAAGAUAGAGAUAAAAAAACUCUGCAGACAUUGCAUCUUGUCUGUUCCCUCUUCAAUCCCAACUUUGUCUCUAUCAUCAUUUCCUAAAUUUUGCAAGAUUACCGCCAGCUUUGUUGUCUUUCUGAAUGCUGUGAGUUUAAAAUGGUUGCUGGUGAUCUGAAAAUGCAAAAAGGAAAAAAAGAAAAAAUACAAAUUUGCUAAAAUACAGCAGAUAAAACAUCUCCUUGUCUGCUCCAUCUUCAGUCAUAAUCUUGUCUUCUAUCAGUUCUUAAAUUUUGCAAGAUUACCACCAGCUUUGAUGUCUUCCUGAUGGGGUGAACUGAAAUAAAAUUAAUGUUACAAUGGCUGCAUUUAAAAUGCUUUGAACACCAAACAAUUUCAACAAGUAUUUCAUAUAUUGUAGCCAUUUCCAAUUGAAGGGGGUUCAAUCAUUGUAUCACAGCUUUUAGUAUUGAUCCCUUUCAUUACACUUGUUACAAUUUUAGACUUUUUGGUUUGUUUUGGGGUUUAUCUUUUUUUUUUAUGAACAAAGGAUUUUUUUGCCUCAUCACAACCAUCUUUGAAUCAGACGUUGCAAUUCUUUCAUUGUUUUCUGCCUUCUUGUGCCAACUCUUGUUGUAUUAUGGAUACGUUAUUGUUCUUGUGUAUGUGUGUGCAUGUAUGUAUGUGUGUGUGUGACAAAGAGUGAGAGAAAGAGAGACUGAAUUGAGGAAAAUCAUUGUUACUCUUACCAUACAAUAAACACCUUAUAUCUAUGUGUGUGUGUAAUAUAUAUAUAUAUAUAUGUAUAUAUAUAUUUAUAUGCAUACACCUGAUUGAGUGGACAAUUGAAAGAAAAGGGCACUCAAUACAUGUAGUGGGUGUUACAUGUAUUAUUUAAAACCGUUUGAUUGAGUUCCAGUAACUUAGUUUCAUAAGCCUCUAACAGAAGCCUGUCCCUUUCAGGUUUUCGGUUCAGUAAUCGAAAACCUGAAAAAGACAGCCUCUGUUAGAGGCCUGAGAAACUUCAUCGCAUGGAACCGAAUCAAACUUUUAAAUAAUAUAUAUAUAUAUAUAUACACACACACAUAUGCACUCACACAAAUAUAUAUAUAUAUAUACACAUGCACUCACACAUACAUACAAAUAAACACAUAUAUAUCAUCAGCAUCAUCAUGUUUAUUUUAUUUAUUUUCAUUUUUAUCCUUAUUUAUCAACUAUUUUGUAUUGAAUUACAUCUUCUACUUAUUAGCUUCUUUGUCAUGCCAAAAAAUAACUUGCAUCAUAAAAGUAACUGGGCAUUUGUUUUUUUAAAGCCCCAUACAUCACAGAAAUAUAACGUCUGAAAUAUU